AUUGCUUCAAGAUGAUUGAAGAACAGCUGCUUGAGAGUAGAAUCAGUUUCUUGUUUAUAGGAAAGUAGGCAAGAAAUAAAUCAAGCACAGCAUUUCGAGGCUAUCCUGUUUAAACUGAGGAAGAGCAAAAAGCAUCAGACAAAAGGAUACAACCACCUCCAAAUCUACUACUGAACAUAAAAAAAAAAAAAGAACUAUCAGAACAAUGAUGGUGAUAGGAACAUUUUUGAUUUUUUUGCUGCUUGCUCUGUUGAUUCUCUUCUUCCUGAAACAACUUUGGACCCGAAGACAUUUGCCUCCUGGACCUUUGGCUCUGCCACUCGUUGGGACCUUCUUCGCAGCUGGGCUUUGGCUCCGUGAAGAUUACUUCCGUAAGCCUGUAAAACGAUAUGGAAAUAUAUACUCCUUAUUCUACGGACAUCAACUUUCGAUACUGCUGUCUGGAUUCAAAGCUGUGAAAGAAGGAAUGACCAACUUCCCAGAAGAAUUAUGUGAUCGACCAGAUAAUGCUUUCCUGAAUGAUUUAGGGAAAGGAAGGGGAAUUAUUUUCUCCAAUGGAAAUAACUGGAAACAGCAGCGACGCAUUGGCAUCACUUCUCUGAGGAAGCUGGGCCUGGGGAAGAAAAGCAUUGAGCAUCAGAUAGAAGACGCAGCUCAGACGUUGGUGGAGAUCUUUAGACAAACAGAAGGGCAACCAUUUAACCCUUCAUUUUCAGUACUAAAUGCGGUUUCUAACAUCAUAUGUGCUUUGAGUUUCGGACAUCAGUUUUCUGCAGAAGAUGAAGAGUUCAAGAAGCUGGUUCAAGCUCUUCAAAUUAUUUUGAAAUUCCUUGGUAACACUUUUCAAGUGGUGUAUGAUUUGUUCCCACAAUUAAUGAAGUACCUCCCAGGCCCUCACAAGAAAGCCCUGGCUUCUAUGGAUAUUAUGCUUGCGUUUGCAAAGCAGGAAAUAGAGAAACACAAGGAAUCUCACUGUCUGCACGAGCCACAAGAUUUCAUUGAUUACUAUCUUCUUCAGAUGGAGAAGAGCAGGAAUGACCCCGACUCUACCUACAGUGAAGAGAACCUGGCUCAGUGUAUUUUUGAUUUCUUUACUGCUGGAACAGACACAACCUUGGCUACUCUGAUGUGGGCACUGCUUCUCUUGACAAAUCAUCCCGACAUCCAAGACAAAGUCCAGAAAGAGAUUGAAGAUGUGUUUGGUUCCUCGGGCUCAAUUUCCUACCAGGAUCGGAAGAAGCUGCCCUACACCAAUGCCGUGAUUCAUGAAAUGCAGCGUGUAAAAUAUAUCUUGCUAUACGGGAUUCCCAGGCAAAGCACAAAGGAUGUGACGAUGAGGGGAUAUCACAUUCCAAAGGGGACCAUUAUUGUCCCAGACCUGCACUCUGUCCUUCUUGAUCCUGAACAAUGGGAGACACCUGAAAAGUUCAAUCCAAAUCAUUUUUUAGAUAAGGAUGGGAAGUUCAUUGAUCGAGAAGAGUUUCUGCCCUUCGGAAUGGGUCUACGUGUCUGUGUGGGACAGCAGCUGGCAAGAAUUGAGGUCUUCAUCUUUCUGACCAGCCUGUUGAGGGCCUUCAGCUUCCGGUUGCCUGAAGGAGUGAAAGAACUCAGCGAAGAACCUGUUGCAAAGAUGAUAAUGCACCCACGCCCUUACAAAUUGUGUGCUAUUCCCACACAGGCUUAAACUUUAAAAAAACACCAUAGAAAGCAUAAAACUGUUUCCUAUA